AUGGAUCCACCCACUGGGGCAGUCCCGUCUCCCAUGACUGACCCAUCGGCUGGGGACCGUCCCUUGCGCGCAGACGAUCCUGCGAUCUCGACGGCUGCUACGCCCCUCCGCCUACCUCCCUUUUGGCGACAAAACCCUCGUUCCUGGUUCCGGCAAGUGGAGGCCCAAUUUCAUCUGCGGCACAUCCAAUCGCAGCAGUCAAAAUAUUUCCACAUCCUUGCUGGCCUCCCUCCAGAAAUCGCGGCGGAGUUGGAUGACGUGCUCGCUACGGUUCCUGUUGAACGCGCCUAUGACGUUCUGAAGGCCGCCAUCUUGAAGCGAAUGGAGGUGUAUGAACGCGCGCGACUCCAACAGCUACUUAACGAGGAAGACUUGGGCGACAGGAAGCCUUCGCAAAUGUUGCACCGGAUGAGACAACUUCUCGGAGACUCUUCAACUGAAGCGCAACAGCCCCUUUUGCGUGAGCUGUUUCUUCAGAGGCUUCCCCAGGCAAUGCGAAUGGUUUUGGCUGGCUCUGAGGACCUAACGUUGGACAGGCUGGCUUCGUUGGCAGACCGAAUUGCCGACUACUCCGCACCUCAGCAACAGCUGCCUACCCUUGCUGCGGCUACCACGUCCCAAGCCUCGCGGUUAGAUCGGCUCGAACAACGAUUGGAGCAACUUACGGACGCCUUGCAGUCCCUUACUACUUCCCAGCGCCCAAGGCUUCGUCGCCGUUCUGCUUCGAGAUCCUCAUUGCGACGCACCCCUUCAUCCGCUGCCCCAACACCUCCCGAUGCCACGCAGACGGGGGCUCGUCUCUGCUGGUACCACAACCGCUUUCGCCAUCGUGCCCAGCACUGUAUCCCGCCCUGUGCGGGGCAGGAAAACCAACGGGCCGACCCCUGA